AUGUCCACCAAAAGUAUCCCUUUAACGACCGAUUGCAACAUGGAAGAAACAAAGGAAAAUGGUGCAGCAUCUUCGUUGAGAAAAAAAAAUGAAAACGAUCGUUCUCUUCUUCAAUCGUAUUCUCCAUCUUGUCUCCAACACCGACCUGCUAUACUCCUCUGCGGUCAGCCGUCGUCGCUGCCGCCAUCUGUCAGCGUCUUUGGCCUCAACAACACUGACUUAUCGGAGUUCGACUGUCCUCUUCGAUCUGCUUCCCGUCUCGUUCACUUCACUGAAGUAGAAAAUGUGGGUAGAAAUGGAUUGAGUUUGAGGAAAGAUUCAUGGAUAAGGCAUCCGAAGGCCACUUCAUUGAGAACAGUUUCACUGUCUUUUCCAAAUCUUUGUGCACGUCUUUUUGAUGGAAAUAAUGCCACUGGUAAUUUUAGGAGUUACUCAACCCAAUCAUCAUCAGUAGUUGGAGCAUCUUCUUGUCGUGUUCCACCACUUCAGAUUAUGAGCACCCCUUUUCUUGCAAUAGAUGAUGAUGGUGAUGACACUUCCCAUCAUGCUAGUGAGCAUUUUCAUGAGCCUCCACCUUCUCCUGCUUCACCUGAUGCUACUUCACCUUCUGUUGCUUCACCAUAUACUGGUUCACCCUCCAGUAACCCUAGCAAAAGGGCUAAACCCUCAACUCCUAUAGCUCCUAGUGCCUCACCAUCUGCUUCUUCACAUGAUAGAACAUCUAUUACUACUGAUGAUUUAGCAUUUGAAAUGAAAAAAGUUCCACAAAGUUUAACUAAAGGGUAUACAAUUCCCCAAUUUUUAGAAUAG